CAGUGGUAGGAGCAUUGGAGAGGAGCUCGGAGCCAGAGACUGCAGCACAUCCUCCGCUGCUGCUGGCCCACCUGACUGCACGGCACAGCGGACAGCCAUCACAGCAAACCCCGCGUCCUGGAGGCUGGGGGAAUGGGGGGCACCUAGCCCGCUUGCUUCCUAUAUUAAAAAAAAAAAAAAAAAAGAUUUUCUUAGAAGCGGAGGAGAGUCACGGUGCAGCAAGAUGGUAUCGUGGAUUAUUUCGAGGAUAGUAGUCCUUGCCUUUGGGACGCUCUAUCCAGCGUACUCCUCAUACAAGGCUGUCAAAACGAAGAACGUGAAGGAAUAUGUGAAGUGGAUGAUGUACUGGAUAGUAUUUGCGUUGUUCACGACAGCAGAGACGGCCACAGACCUGCUCCUAUCAUGGUUUCCAUUUUACUUUGAGCUAAAGAUUGCCUUUGUAAUCUGGCUCCUGUCCCCAUACACCAAGGGCUCCAGUGUCCUCUACCGGAAGUUUGUCCACCCAACCCUGUCCAACAAAGAGAAGGAGAUAGAUGAAUACAUCGCACAGGCCAAAGACAGGAGUUAUGAGACCAUGAUGAGGUUUGGAAAGAGGGGUCUCAACCUGGCUGCUAAUGCUGCUGUCACUGCAGCCGCCAAGGGGCAGGGCGUGCUGUCAGACAAGCUGCGGAGUUUCAGCAUGCAGGACCUGACUCUCAUCAACGCUGACGAUGACCUGGUUCUGCACACAGACGCCCGCAUGAGACGGGACCACUUGGACGAGAUGAGCUCAGGGGCAAGCACGCUGCCCCGGGCCAAAAGCACUGCUGCACGGCAGACCCGCUCUUUGGCAGCCACAAACCUUGCUGAUGACGCGUCAUCCCAACACAGCUCUGACCAAUCAGACACAAGGACUGAACACUCUGAUGAAGAUUUGGGAGAAAAAGCCCCUAAACGUGUUACUAGCGUCAAGGCAACCAAGAAACCUGCCGCUGCUAAGACAGAGACUCAAACCAAGAUGGUGAAAAAGCCGACAAAGAAAAAGACCACGACUAGCAAUGCAGAGACGCCACCAUGAGGCCUGCUGUUCACAUCCAUCGGCCGACACUCGCUCCCCCACAGCCUGCAGGCCCUUCUUCCUCUGUUGGUCUCCACACAAACACAUUUAUAUAUAUAUCUCUCUCUAUAUAUAUAUAUAUAUAUAUAUAUCAAGCACUGAAAAUUGUGUCACUCUUGCUGGUUUUUAGAGCAAAGUGCAGGUUUGUUUUUUAGCAGUAUGUGGCCUCCUUUAGGUUGGGAACAGUUCUUUUAAGUUUUACCGGGUCGUUGCAUAUUUUGUCUCUUUAAUUACUGUGAGCUCAUCUCUGAUUUAACAGUCGGGAUGUUUCUUUUAAUCUGAUAAUGAUUAGUGAUAUAUUUAUAAAUUCCCCUUUAUCCUCUCCUUAGACAUACAGUCCCCUUAUUAGGUGAGAACAUAAGCUGGCCUUGUGCAGUUUUUCAGUCUGAUUGAUGUUACCGAUUCAUUUUCUGCUGCAGAUAUUCUUAAUCGAGGCUGUUUUUGGUUGAAGUAUCUCCUGUAAAAUAUCCCAUUAUUUACUCCUCUGUGCUUACUCCUACAUUGUAUUAGUUGAAAUGUAAAAAAUCUCACCAUCCAGAUUUGUGAAGGCCCAAGUCUGGGUCCUCAUCUGGACCCGGCCAUGGUGGUAGAAAUCCUCAGAUGCUGAUGUCUCGGAAGCACAGACAUUUGGCCUUUUUUAGAAGAGAAGUAAGGCGGUUGAGACUUUAACACCUGCACUGACUGAUGGUUGUAGACGUCCUUAUUUUCUCUUCCAGACCUAAUAGUUCCCACUUUUGUCAUUCAGCCACCACCCUGUCCUAGCUCAAGAAACUCAAGUCUAAUUUUACAGGAAUACUUGUGCUUUGGUUUCUUUAGUUUACCUUAAUUAUAACAUUUUUUGACUUCAUUUUAGGCCUCACAGCUUGUGGAGGAGUUUAAAGACUAGCUUCCCCCCUCAUUAAGCCUGUAUACCUCUGAGUGAGUCUGGCUCUGCUAGGUUCAGAUCUCGCUAAUGGCAACUUUCUUCCUCACUGCUUUUUAAUGCGACUUUGAAGUCAUGUGCAGUACUGGUGAUGGAGUGUUUUUUUGUUGAGUGUUGGCUUAGUUAUCCAUCUAUGCAUCACUCUCGAAGUUAUAUUCCUCCACCAUCAUUGUUUUAUUACACUUCUAGUUGAGUCAGUUCUUUUUGGUCACGUGAUAUUAGUAAUAAGUAAGAUCAGUUGUGCAUAUUCGGGCCUCUUAAGGUAACACUGUAACUGGGCUCCCUCCCGAUAAAAUACAUUAGUCAUAGAAGAGUUGCCUGUGUUUGUGAGGUAACAUAUCUGCUUUCACCACAGUAGAAAUGUGUGUUUGUGUUCAACAUGAGAAAGACGUGGAGUAGCUCUGCACUUCCUCACUCCUUUUACCCCGCUGUGUGGUUGCCUCUUUAUAAUAUUUCUACUUAUCUUUAGAAGCAAGGACAAAGCAAUAUGGAAAUAAUUAAACCAAAACCAACAUCAGGAGACUGUGAGGAAUUAUUUUCUCAUCCCCGUGCUGUUGUUUCAGAUGUGGAGGGAGUGUCAGACCAGGCUGUGGGUGUUUUCUAAACACUGGACUUUGGUUCUGGUCGCCAGCCACUGCAUAGGGCCUGGGUGCUCUGUGAUGAAAGAUUUAAAAAGCAUGUGACUACUUCUGCACUCAUUACUGCAGUGUGACACUAGUAUGAACCAGUAGAGGGAGACAAACUCCACCUCAACUGUUGGUAAAGUUACUAAACCAUAUGUAAACACAAUGUAAAUAGUAACUGUGACUGUAUAUACAGUAUGAGCUUGCUUGCCUUAUUCCUUCUCUGGGCUUAAAUCAAUUACAUUUUUCUUUUUUUUUAAUCAUUUGUGUGCUUUUCUUUUUAAAUUCUUGACAAAUCAAAUGUUCUGAAACCAGAAGAAGCUCAGACUUCAUCAGUUUGGACUUAGAAGUGAUUUAUUUUGUGUGUUUUUAAACAUGUUAACUUUUCUUUCUCUGUCUUUUCUCAUUAAGACAUUUUAACUCAUCUUCAUCACAAAGUAGGGAAUCUCUAGGCUGAGUCUAAAUUGAUGUUUGUACAUUCACAUCCUGCUAUGUACUACUACUACUGCUACUCAGACUGUUUUUAAUUUUUUCUUCAUAACUUAAUGUUUGCACUAAAUUAAAAAGAAGAUGGCACAUAAUUAAAAUACAUUUUGUCAAAUGAAGAUGCAAUCCUGCAUUUCUAUCGUUGUGCUCAUUCCAUUUUUGGAUAUUUAUUGUUUUUUUAUUUUCUGUUUAAUAUCAGUAUUGUAUACAGGUUAUGUUUAUUUGUAUAUUGUUUGUGCCAAUUCUCAAAGCUCCAUCUCAAAAAGGAUUACUGUACAUGUGCUGAGACAAUGGUAUCUAACAAGGUCAUGUAUCAGUAAUAAAACUACUAAUAAAGGAAACUAAAUCAGUGA